AUGUCAAGAACAAAAUCAGAAGUAUCAGAAUUAAAUGUUGCAAGAAAAGGUAAUAGAUGUAUUCAAAUAAAGACAACAGGUAGAAUGUCAAGAGAAGAUGUGAAAAAAGAAGCUCAACAACUAUCAGAUGAUUUCUUUAAUAGAGGAAUAAGAGGUACAAUUCAUGUAUUGUUACCUUUUAUGGAGACUGGAUGGAAAACUGGUAAACUUACAAAGGUAGGAGAAGCAAUUAGUUUAUUUAAUCCUACAGAAUAUAAUGUUGAAGAACCAUCACAUUUUAAUACUUUUCUUUUAUAUCUUAUACCAACAGAUGUAGUAGUAAAAGCAGGUGGUUGUAAUGGACAAGAAAAUGAUUGUUUGUGGGAAGAAAUGAUGCAGAUUUGUCCAGAGGUUAUUAGAUCUGUUUAUCCAACCCCAGAGUCACUCAAAGAGGCAAUAGGUUUGGAUAGAACGGCUCUAGUUCCAUUGAACAAGAUACAUGAAAUAGAAUCAAAAUUACCCUCAAGUUUUAAGAUUGUUGUUAGUGGUAAUCAAGGAUGUACGUAUACAUCAACAACAAGAGAAAAUGCUAAAAAAGAAAUAAGAUUAAAACUAACAAAAGCACAUUUUACUGUAGAUAAAAAAAGAGAUUACAAGGUUCAUGGUGUAUCACCUUUUGAAAAGAAACCAAUCGUUUAUCAAUAUUUGGAUGAUGGUAAUGUGAAACUUUAUAAUGGUAUUGAAUAUAGCAAUUGCACAAGAAAAGAGUUAGAGGUAAAUAGAAGGAAUACUCUUUCUUGCCCAAAUUCAUACACCAAAUUGCGUAGUGGAUUAAAUUUAAAACAAUCAUAUUUUAAUCUUUAUAAAACAGGAGGAUCAAUCACUAAAGCAGCCUAUCAUUUAUUUUUAGAAUCCAACCCAACCAUUCAUCCAGAUUAUAUUGAACAAGAUGAAGGUGAAUGGAUUAGUGCAUGUUCAAGUGGUCCGUUGGUUUGGUCAGAACAUGGUUAUCAAGGACCAUUGUACAAGUAUGAUGUUAGAAAAAUGUAUGCAGCUAUUAUGAAGUAUCGUGCAUUUUUGGUACCAAUUAAACGUGGACAGUUUAAAAAAAUGACAACACAAGAAUUGAAUGAUGCAUCAUUUAUUCCUCCAGGUAUUUAUAAAGCUACUGUUAAUGGUAAUCAUAAAUGUUUUAAAACUAACAAGAGAAAUUAUUAUACUCAUUAUGAUUUAGGAUUUGCAAAACAAUUGGGUUUAGAAUUUAAUUUAAUUCAAGAAGAAAAUCAACCAAAUGCAUUAUUAUAUGAUGGUGACAAGAAAAUAAAUGGUAGUACUUUAUUUAAAAGCUAUAUUGAACAAGUAAUGAAAUGGAUUGAUAAAAGUAAAAAUGAAGAUAAAGAAAUACAAAUGAUGGUAAAAGGAUUAUAUCAAAAGUUGUGGGGAUUUAUGGGUAAAAAGGUAUACAAGAAAAGAACUGUUAAAAGUAAAACGAUUAAUACAUAUAAUCAAGACAAUUUAAAACAAGAAUUAAAUGAUUGUGAUUAUGUGGAAUCAACAAAACCAAUUAACGAUACUAACUUGCAUCAAAUUAAAUUUCAUAAUUCUCAACAUAUUUAUGAUACACAUUGGGCAAGAAUUGUACCUUUUAUUAUUUCUAGGGGUAGAUCAAUGGUUGGGAAUAUAAUGUUGCCACAUAUCGAUAAUAUUAAAAGAGUUCACACAGAUGGAUUUUAUUCAGUGGUAGAGUUGUCAUUUGAAAAAAAUGGAAGACAAAACCUUGAUAAUGUAAAAAUGGGUAAUGAUAUUGGUAAUAUUUCAUUUGAAGGAUUCAAUCAAAAUGCAACCAUCCACAAAUUAAAAAAGGUUCAAGGAUUUAAUUAA